AUGCCUGUAACCGCCCAGCGAGCCCCUCUAGACAAGGGAUGGUCUUUCAAAAAGACGACAGACGACCAAGACUCGUGGAAACCUGUGGCUCGAGUGCCCACUGUCGCUCAUCUGGACUUGCUGGAUAAUGGAUUAAUUUCUGACCCGUUCCUCGACAUGAACGAACUCGAUGCCGAAUGGGUCGGAGAAACAGCAUGGACGUACCGCACAGUUUUUGACUCUCCGUUAAUCGAAGGUGCUGCCGUGUACUUGAUCUUCGAAGGCCUCGACACUUUCGCUCAAGUCUUGCUCAACGAUUCCGUUAUUCUUGAGAGCGAUAACAUGUUUCUAAGCCAUCGCGUCAACAUCACAGAACAUCUUCAAAGCAAGAAACCCAACACGCUUACCAUCAACUUCGACAGUGCGCUUUUGAAAGGACGAGAACUUCAAACGCAGUAUCCUGGCCAUAGGUGGGAACUGUUCAAUGGGGAGGCUUCUCGUCUUGCUGUGAGAAAAGCGCAAUACCACUGGGGAUGGGACUGGGGUCCAUUUCUCAUGACUGCUGGCCCUUGGAGACCUGUUCGUCUUGAAGUGUUCUCUGCUUGCAUCAAUGACAUGCUCAUCAAGUACGACGUUUCUCAAGAUCUCAAGACCAUCCAGGGCACAAUAGAGCUCGAGAUAGAAGGGCCAUUUGACAAGGCCGAUAUAUGUAUCUCAUGGAAGAGAAGCCCCGUCUUUACUACGUCAGUGGACAGGUCUUCUGAAAGCCGUCUCGUGAUUCCUUUCCAUAUUGAUGAUACCAAGCUUUGGUACCCUGCCGGGUAUGGCCCUCAAUCACUUUACAAUGUGACUGCCACAAUCGCUCUAGACGGUCAUGAACUUGACAAGAGAAACAAAGACACUGGUUUCCGUCAAAGUGAACUUAUCCAACAAGAAGAUUCGCAUGGUAAAUCAUUCUAUUUUCGGGUCAACAAUAUCGACAUCUUCUGCGGUGGCUCUUGUUGGAUUCCAGCUGAUAGCUUUCUGCCCCGAAUCACGCCAGCCAAGUACCGAGAUUGGCUUGAACUCAUGGUAGAAGGAAAUCAGAUAAUGACAAGAGUCUGGGGCGGCGGCAUCUACGAAGAGGAGGCUUUUUAUGAUUGCUGCGAUGAGUUAGGCAUUCUAGUCUGGCAGGACUUCAUGUUUGCCUGUGGAAACUAUCCCGUGGGACCAUCUCUCAUCGAUUCUGUCCGUCAAGAAGCAAUCCAGAACGUUCAGCGCCUACAUCAUCACCCGUCCAUAAUCAUCUAUGCAGGAAAUAACGAGGAUUAUCAGGUUCAGGAGUCUUGCGGCCUUGACUAUAACCCGGAAGAUGUUGAUCCCGAUUCUUGGCUUAAAUCUAAUUUCCCUGCCAGGUAUUAUUACGAAUACCUCUUACCCGAGGUGGUGAAGAACAUAUCUCCUUCAACAAUAUACUGGCCUGGGUCUCCAUUCUCUAACGGUAAAAGCUCCGCGGACAAGACUAUUGGUGACAUGCAUCAAUGGAAUGUUUGGCAUGGGACACAAGAGAAAUACCAAGUCUUUGAUACCUUGGGAGGAAGAUUCAACAGUGAAUUCGGCAUGGAGGCUUUCCCUGCUUUAUCAACUAUAAAGCAUUUCAUAACGACCGAGUCUGAACGAUAUCCACAGUCACAGACCAUGGAUUUUCACAACAAGGCUGAUGACCACGAGCGACGCAUUGCAAUUUAUGUCGUAGAAAACUUCCGCCCCCUCCCAGAUCUAGAGUCUCAUCUGUAUCUUACCCAGCUUUGUCAAAGCGAGGCCAUGACUUUUGCUUAUCGCAGUUGGCGUCGCCAAUGGGGCGAUGAUCGUCGCUGCGGAGGUGUUCUCGUGUGGCAAAUGAACGACUGCUGGCCCACCAUCUCCUGGUCCAUUGUCGAUUACUUCCUCCUCAAGAAACCAGCAUACUACGCGAUACGUCGAGCUUUAAAACCCAUUGCUGCUGGAGUUCAGAGACAGCAUCAUGAUUGGAGCGUUGUCCAUGCUAAACCAGCGAAAAUAUCCUCAUUCAGUGCUUGGGUCACAAGUAGCGAGCAAGAAGCAGUUGAAGUCACUGUGGAAAUUCGUUUUGUUUCUAUCACAACGGGUGAGGAUAUCAGGGACAAGGUUGUCAAGAACAUCACCUUGGUUCCUAAUGGUACUACCGAUGUUUUGGAAGGGCAGAUUGAUAACACCAAAGAUGAGCCUCAUGUUAUAUCGGCGAGGGUUUCGAAGAAUGGUCAUUGUGUUUCUCAGGAUGUCGAUUGGCCACAGCCUCUCAAGUAUCUUGAUUUCUCCGACAGAGGUGUCAAGGUUGAGAGAGUGACUGAUGGAUAUAUGGUCUCGGUUGACAGACCUACUAAAGGGUUGGUUUUUGAAGAGGUGACAGGCAUCGCCUUAGAGGAUAAUUGCAUAGAUGUUAUCCCGGGUGAGGCCGUCAGCAUCAAGGCAAGAGGAAAUGAGCAACUGCAAACAGGUCCAAAGUUUAGGUACCUUGGGAUGUAG